CGUGAUUCGUAAGUUGUAUACACACUGUAAAUCUAUGAACAAAUAUUUCAUACGAGAUAAAGUUUGUGCACGAGGUGUGCGCGUGGAGACAGGUCAAGUAUAAGAGUAAUUCGAAAAAAAGCGAAGUUAGCGCGGCAGUGAAGGGCAACGCGCGAAUGAUUUUCUACAGGUAGUUUAAAAAUGGCGACUGACAGGUACGCGUUUCCUCGCGUGCACGGCGCCGCGACGAGACCAGAAGCGACGUGAUUCUGGUGAAAUUAAAAGCAAGGGUUUCGUUCGGCUAGCUCUGAUUCAAUAUUAUUCAGUGAGACCGUUCCAUCGGAGAAACCUUGCGAAUUAUGUUACAUUUUCAUCGAUCAACACGGUGACUUUCUCUCCGCUACGUCGUACUCACGAGUUUUAGCUCUGCUUAGUUCAGCCUCGUCACAAUUCAAAUUUUCUACCUGCUACACGGCUGUUUUCCGAGUUCUCGAAAAAGGAACAAAAAAAACGAACGAAUGUACGAACGAACGAGCAAACUUCCGCAUUCCAUUGGAUCGCGAACGAAUAAGUGAACGAACGAGCAAUCGCUUGCCAAUAAAAUUAUAAACAACUUAUUGUUGCUGGUGAUUCAAAUGAAUAUUUUUGAACAUUUGUGUAAAUAAUGUAUGUUUACUUACCUAAGUACUUGAUAAAUAUGACAGAGUUUUGGAUAAAAAGUAUGAUAUCAUUCGCAUCAAAUAUCCAAUGAAAAAAUGGCUAAUUUCACACAGGUUUUUGAAUCUGAAAGAGCAAAACUUGAUAUUAUGUCAGAAUGAUGUCUAAUGUUUGUCGAAAAAUUUUAAAAUACCUUGGAAUGCAUUCAUGGCUUUGUAAGUGUGAAGGUAAAUACAGCUGUAAAAAUUACAAGCGAAUAGCCAUGGAACAUUCCGAUUUAGUGGCAGAGAUGGUGCAUAUAGAAAGGUUAACCACUCAAGAACGCUUGCAUUUGGCUCGUCAUAGAAGACUUCAACAGUUAAAAGUUUGGCGUCAGCGUGAAAAAGAAUGGAUGCGUCAUCAAACCAGACAUACAAGCAACAAACGUCAUAUAUAUUUUAGUGACAGUGUUAUGCUUCUGGAAGCUGCUGCAAGAAAUGAUAUUGAUGAAGUGAGACGCCUUCUAAAGAAAGGAGUAAAUCCAGAUUCAACCAAUGAAGAUGGAUUGACAGCUUUACAUCAGUGUUGUAUAGAUGAUAAUGAAGAAAUGAUGAAAUUAUUGAUUGAAUUUGGAGCAAAUGUAAAUGCAGAAGAUAGUGAAAAAUGGACACCAUUGCAUGCUGCUGCUACUUGUGGACAUUUGCAUUUAGUUAAAAACCUCAUUGCAAGAGGUGCAAAUUUAUUAGCUGUUAAUGCUGAUGGUAAUAUGCCUUAUGACAUUUGUGAAGAUGAGAAAACAUUGGACUGCAUUGAAGGAGAAAUGGCAAGAAGAGGUGUUACUCAAGAAUUAAUAGACGAAACUAGAGCUUCAAUAGAAGUUCAAAUGUUAAGAGAUUUGCAACAUAUAACUUCUAUAGGUGGUGAUCUUGAAUAUAAAGAUCAUCAAGGUGCUACACCUCUUCACAUUGCAGCUGCAAACGGUUACUUAAGGGUAGUUGAGUUUCUUUUAGAUCAACAUGUUUCGACUGAUGUUGAAGAUAAUGACAAAUGGCAACCAGUUCAUGCAGCUGCAUGUUGGGGACAUCUAGAAGUUUUGGAAUUGUUGGUACAAAAUGGGGCCGAUUUAAAUGCAAAGAAUAAACAUGAUGAAACACCAGCGGAUAUAUGCGAAGAUCCUGAAAUUAGAGAAAGGAUAGUUGAACUUAAGACCGAACAAGAAAGCAAGCGAUUGCGAGAAGCGCAAGGAAGACGAGUACGCAGAUCUCAAAGUAUAAAUACACGUACUCAAAGUGUAAGACGAACUUCGAUAAGAGAUAAAGUUCUAACUACGAAAAAGGAUGCUCAAGAAGAAGCUCGUCUAAGAUUACAAGCGCAACAAACGUAUGUUGGAGGUUCAACAGCGAACGUCCCACCUUCUGAGAAUGAAGUCAGUGCUCGAGAAAAUGCAAACGAGUCAGAUUCUAGUGCUCCACCAACAGCAGUACGUAAGGCUCCUGAAGGAAAAGAUAACGAAUCUUUUCUUCACGAAGACGUCGAUAAAGACUCAGUAACAGGGUCCGACCAACCGGUCGGUAAUCAGCAGCCAAUCUACACGCCGGACGGUGACACCAACGGGAAGAUCAACAUACACGUCUCGGUUGUUUUUGUCAAAUCAUUGUCGGAUCUGAAGAAACAAAGGGCACAGAAUCGGCACAUAUCAACCGGUUCGAUAGACGCCAAUGGAAAUGGCAUUCCUGUGUCGCCUAUCUCCAAUGCUGAAUUUAACAGCGGCGGAGAUUUUCAACGAUUCACUGGAAAUACUAGCGACAUUGUCGGCGAUAACCAUUCUAAAAAAAGUUGCUGCAUAGUUAUGUGACUCUUUUCCUGAGUCCCUUUUCGUUCUUCCUUUUUUCUUCUCGUUAUCUUUAUGUUCUAUACUUAGAACCAUUGUCAAUAUGUACUUAACAAAAUUAUUAUAUGUAUAUCCUUUUGUUAAAGGAUUAUAAAUAAUUGUAUAGGAUGAGCGAGACUUUUUGUAUCAUCAAGUUUUUCUAUUUUAAAGAUUAUAAUAUCUUAGUGAGAUAUUAUCAUAAAUUUUGAUUGAUGAGUUGUUUGUGUAUAAGUAAUUCCAAGGAAAUCAAAUGAAUAUUAUUUGGUUAUGCACGCAACUUCUCUACGAGAUUAUGUGUAUUGUACUUAAACGAAUAUUUAAGUAAGAACUACGAUAUAAGCGGUAAUUUUAAUCGAAUUCGAAUUUACUUUUGAAUAUGUACAGAAUUUUAUUUAUUGCGGCGUAAAAUAAUGUAUAUUUCGAACAAUAAUUAUUGAAUUGUAUAUUAUAUGAAACGUACGUCAUUACGAUUACUAUGUAUAAUACAGUACUGAGUAUUUACCGAAUUUUUUUAUAAGAAUAUUAGUUAUAAAUGAAGUUUUUUAUAUUCAUUUAGAUAUCUAUAUUUCUACGAAUACUUUUAUUUGUAAAUUUCUAUUCAACGUCGUUGUUAAAUAUAUAAUAGCAUAUGUCUUAGGUUUUGUCUUUAAAAUACAUUGUGAAUUACAUGUA